ACACUUCCGGGAAGCAAAGAUUCGGGCAUUCCUCGCAGAAACAUGGAGAUUUGAUUGGGAGCUGGAUGUAUGCUGUUUUAUCUGCAAACCGUUCCAUAGAAACAAAAACUUGUCGCCAAAGAGAGCUCACCGGUCUGUUUGGAUUCCUCACUGGACCUUUUCAGACAUUUUGAUUCUAUAGAUGGAAGAAGGUUUGGAGUCCCUUUACCCAUUGGGAAUUUCGAUUGAGCAUAGGUGGAAAAUGGAUAGAAAAACAUCAGAAUGUGAGGGAACAGCCGUAGGCCCUCUCCUUCCGAGGGAGACCAGUCUGAACAUUUGGGAAACACCCAAACAGAAGAUCCCAGAUGAAGAAAAAAUAAGCACUGACAUCCAGCGACAAAUGUUUAGAGAGUUCUGCUACCAGGAGAUUAAGGGCCCCCGAGAAAUAUGCAGCCACCUUCAUUAUCUUUGUUCCCAGUGGCUGCAGCCAGAGAGAAAUUCAAAGUCUCGGAUACUGGACAUGGUGAUCCUGGAGCAACUCUUAUCUAUCCUGCCCCCAGAGAUCAAGAACUGGGUCAAGGAAUGUGGAGUGGAGACUAGUUCUCAGGCAGUAGCUCUGGCAGAAAGCUUUCUUCUGAGCCAAUUGGAGGAGAAGAAGCAGGAAGAGACAAAGUUGCAAGCGAAGACGUCCUGUCUUAAUUUGGUCACUGAAUGCUGUGAAGGAAGUGGGAAUCUGUUCAUACCUUCUAGGGAUCCAUUCUUAGGAGACGUCUCCCAAAAGGAUCCAGUUCGGGACAGACCACCAGAGAACAAAACAAUGAAUCCGCUCUCACUAGGAAAUCAAGCAUCUCUUGCUGAUGGAGUGGAAACAAGGACUAUCCUUCCAGCUCAGGAUUCCAUAUCCUUCAAGGAGGUGGCCAUCUAUUUCACCAAGGAGGAGUGGGCUCUGCUAGACCCUGAUCAGAAAGCUCUGCAUGAAGAAAUCAUGUUGGAGACUUGUAGGAAUGUGGCUUUUCUGAGUAACGAGCGGAAGAACAAACAGGAAACAGAGACAGAGCCAUUGCGAGUCAUCAAGGUUGAAGUGGGAGAAGGGACAUUUCAGGAUCAGUGUCCCUCAAAAAAUCCAGAGGAAAUUCAAGUAAACAUUCGGAGGCAUAAAAAUACCCAUUCGUGUCCUAAAAUCUAUGACUUCCCGACCCCCAAAGAUAUUAAAACAGAGAGAAGGCGACAGUGUUUAGAUUUUCAGAAAAUAUUUGAAGAUCAAUCCGAUUUAAGCGAACAAUGCGAAUGGAAAGAUGAUGGGGGAAAGUACAGGAGGUUUUGCUCUUUUACUUUGCAUCAACAAGAUUACCUGGGAAAGAAACCAUUUAAAUGCAAAGUAUGCAGGAAAAGCUUCAGCAAGUACAGUAAAAUUAUUGCACACGAAAGAAUCCACACAGGGGAGAAGCCAUUUAAAUGCAUGGAAUGUGGUAAGAGCUUUACGCAGAGUAGUCACCUUACUUCCCAUAAAAGGAUCCACACAGGAGAGAAGCCUUAUAAAUGCUUGCAAUGUGGAAAGAGCUUUACUCAAAAUAGUCACCUUACUUACCACAAACGGCUUCACUCGGGGGAGAAACCGUAUAAAUGCACCGAGUGUGGAAAGAGCUUUGCUGAUUCUAGUUCCCUUCUUGUGCACAAAAGGAUCCACACCGGGGAGAAACCUUACAAAUGCACGGAAUGUGGCAAGAACUUCACCUUGAGUAGUCACCUUACUUCCCAUAAAAGAAUCCACACAGGAGAGAAACCAUUUCAGUGCACGGAAUGUGGAAAGAGCUUCAGUACGAAGAGUUCUCUUAAAUUUCAUAAAAAGAUCCAUACAGGAGAAAGACCGUAUGUAUGCGUGGAAUGUGGAAAGAGCUUCAAGCGGAUCGCUGAUCUAACUCGACAUGACAGAACACAUAGAAAAGAAGUUCCGUACAAGUCUACCAGGUGUGGUAAAAGCUUCCAUAACAGCCGACGCCUUACGUCACAUCAAACAACCAAAACCGGAGAAAAAACAUAUCCUUGCACAGAGUGCGGGAAAACCUUCAGCAAGAGCAGUAAUCUUAAUGCCCAUAAAAGGAUCCACACAGGCGAGAAACUGUAUCAGUGCAUGGAGUGUGGAAAGAUGUUCAGGUGGAGUAGCGGGCUCACCUACCAUAAGAGGAUCCAUUCGGGAGAGAAACCCUAUCAAUGCACGGAGUGUGGAAAGAGCUUCAGCGGCCUGAGUUCCUUCACUUCCCACAAAAGGAUGCAUUCUGGGGAAAAACCCUACAAAUGUGCCGAGUGCGGGAAGUGCUUCAGUGGUUUCAGUUCCUUCACUUCCCACAAAAGGAUGCAUUCUGGGGAGAAACCCUAUAAAUGCGCGGAGUGCGGGAAGCGCUUCAGUGGUCUCAGUUCUUUUACGUCCCAUAAAAGGAUCCACUCUGGGGAGAAACCGUAUAAAUGUAUGGAGUGUGGGAAGAGCUUCACUAUGAGCAGUCACCUGGUUUCUCAUAAAAGGAUCCACUCGGGCGAGAAACCUUACCAAUGCACGGAAUGUGGGAAGAGCUUCACUUUAAGCAGCCAUCUUACUUCCCACAAAAGGAUACACUCGGGGGAGAAACCCUAUAAUUGUGAUGACUGCGGACGGAAGUUCAGGUGGAGCUGUCACCUGACUUCCCAUAAGAGGAUGCACUCGGGAGAGAAACCCUACGUGUGCACAGAGUGUGGGAAGAGCUUCAUUGACCUGAGUUCCUUUUCUUCCCAUAAAAGGAUCCACUCCGGCGAGAAACCGUAUCAAUGCGCGGAGUGUGGGAAGAAUUUCAGGAGUGCCACUAAUCUGAGUGAACACAAAAGGGUCCACUCAGGUGAAAAGCCGUAUAAAUGCACAGAAUGUGGGAAAAGCUUCAGGUGGAGCAGUUGCCUUUCAUCCCAUAAGAGGAUCCACACGGGGGAGAAACCGUACAAAUGCAUGGAGUGUGGAAAGGAAUUCCGGAAGAGCUGUUCUCUCACUACUCAUAAAAGGAUCCACACAGGGGAGAAACCGUAUAAAUGCACGGAGUGCGGAAAGAGUUUCACUAUGAGUAGCAGCCUGAUUUCUCAUAAAAGAAUUCACACCGGUGAAAAGCCGUAUACCUGCGUGGAAUGUGGGAAGACUUUCCGCAAGAAUGAUAAUCUUACUUCCCAUAAAAGGGUACAUACGAGAUAUAAACCGCACGGACGCGUGGAAGAUGGGAAACGUUUCAAGUGGGACAUCCCUCUUGCUUUCCCUCAAAGCAUCCACGCAGAAGGAAAACCAUAUAAACGCAUGGAAUGUGGCAACAGCUUCAGUAACAGCAACCAUUUUAUUUCCCAUCAAAGGACCCACUCGGGGGAGAAACCAUACAAAUGCCCGGAGUGCGGAAAGAGCUUCAGUGAAAAUAGCUCCCUGACUUCCCAUAAAAGGAUCCAUUCAGGCGAGAAGCCGUACCAAUGCGUGGACUGUGGAAAGAGCUUCAGCCAGAGCGGGCAGCUCACGUCUCACAAAAGGAUCCACACGGGAGAAAAGCCGUACAAGUGUGCGGAGUGUGGCAAGAACUUCAGUCAGAAUGGUCAGCUCACGUCUCACAAAAGGAUCCAUUCUGGAGAGAAACCGUACAAAUGCGCAGAGUGCGGGAAAGGCUUCAGCCAGAGUGGUCACCUCACUUUCCAUAAAAGGAUUCACACUGGAGAGAAACCUUACAAAUGUGUAGAGUGUGGAAAGAGCUUCACCAUAAGCAGUCAUCUUACUUCCCAUAAAAGGAUCCACACGGGGGAGAAACCCUACAAAUGCACGGAGUGUGGAAAGACCUGCAGUACCAACAGUGAUCUUACUUUGCAUAAAAGGAUCCAUUCAGGGGAGAAACCAUAUAAGUGCAUGGAAUGUGGGAAAGACUUCAGUCAGCGAAGCAAUCUCAUCUCCCAUAAAAGCAUACACUCGGGGGAGAAACCCUAUAAGUGCAAGGAGUGCGGGAAGAGCUUUAAUCAGCGAAGUAAUCUUAUUUCUCACAAAAGGAUCCACUCGGGAGAGAAACCCUACAAAUGCAUGGAAUGUGGAAAAAGCUUCACUUGGAACUGUCAACUGACUUCUCAUAAGAAGAUUCACACAGGGGACAACCCAAUAAACGUGUUGACGGUUGAAAGAGCUUCGUGGACUCCAGUUCUGACUGACGGGCCCCGAGAACUUUGUAGCCGACUCCACCAUGUUUACCGGCGGCGGCUAAAGUUAGAAAAGCACACGAAGGCUCAGAUAUUGGAUCUUCUGGUCCUGGAGCAGUUCCUGACUGUCCUUCCUCCGGAGAUGACAAGCUGGGUCCAGGAGUGCGGAGCAAAGACCUGUUCCCAAGCGGUGGCCCUGGCCGAAGGCUUUCUCUUGAGCCAAGCAGAAGAGGAGAAACUGAGGGAGCUGGUCUUUGGUGAGAUCUCCCAGGAGAAACCAUUUCUGGACCCGUCUUCAGCAAAUGGAACAGCAGUGAUGCUACCUGUGGAAACUUCUCUUCUCUGUGGUGGAACAGAAGCAGUGGUUGUCCUUCCCACUCAGGAAGCCGUAACCUUUGACGAUGUAGCUGUGCUUUUCUCUGAGGGGGAAUGGGCUCUGCUGAAUUUCAGCCAAAAAUCUCUAUACAAGGAAGUGAUGCUGGAAAAUGCAAGCAAUGUGGUCGCCUUAGCAGGUGAUGGACAACAGACUGAGAGUUACACAAAGCAACCUUCAAAAUCAGUGGAAACUGAAAUCAGGAGAAAGAUAUUUGGAAAUCUGUGGGGACCACAAAGGCCCAAGGAAACCCAGUUAAACAGAGACAUGGAAAAAUCUCUCCUCUCACCGCAUGCGUGCGAGGACGACGAUAAAAAGUAUAGUUCGAACCUUCCUCUUACUUUACACCAGGAUUUUGAGCUUAGAGAGAAAAGACAUGAAUGCACCGAGUGUGGGAAAAGCUUCAGCAAGAACAGCAAUCUGAACGCUCAUAAAAGGACCCACACGGUAGAAAAACCGUAUCAGUGCACAGAAUGUGGGAAAAGCUUCCGCAGGAAUAAUAAUCUUACCUCCCACAAAAGGAUCCAUUCUGGGGAGAAACCGUAUCAAUGCACGGAGUGCGGGAAGAGCUUUCGCAAAAACAGUCACCUCACAUCUCAUAAAACCAUCCACACUGGGCUGAAGCCAUAUAAGUGCGCGGAGUGUGGAAAGAGCUUCAGCAUGAACAGUUACCUUACUUCCCAUAAAAGGAUCCACACUGGGGAAAAACCCUACCAAUGCAUGGAGUGCGGGAAAAGCUUCAACGGCUUGACUUCCUUUACCACACAUAAAAGGCUCCACUCGGGCGAAAAACCGUACAAAUGCACAGAGUGUGGAAAGAGUUGCAACACCAGCAGCGAUCUUACUUACCACAAAAGGAUCCAUUCCGGGGAGAAGCCGUACAAAUGCCCGGAGUGUGGAAAAACCUUCCGUAUUAGCUCAUCCCUUACUUGCCAUAGAAGGAUCCAUACAGGGGAGAAACCAUAUCAGUGUCCGGAAUGUGGAAAGCGCUUCAUAAUGAGUUCUUCCCUUACGUGCCACAGAAGGACCCACACAGGGGAGAAACCAUACAAAUGUUCAGAGUGUGGAAAAAGUUUCAGUCAGAAUGGUCACCUUACUUCUCAUAAGAGGAUUCACGCAGGGGAAAAAGUCCCGUAGCGAAAGGUCUUCUGUUACUCCGAUUCCCUUACGCUCAAUCAAGAGAUGCAUUAUGUGUGGGAAACAGAAUCAGUUUCCCUUCUUAUAAAAGAUCAGUAUGGGGCGGUGGUGUGUU